AUGGACUCCACGACAGCCACGGCUACGGCCACUGCGGACUUCCCUCCCCUCGAAGAUCGACCCAUCAAGAACACCAUCUGCCUCUUCGAUGUUGAUGGCACCCUGACGCCAUCUCGCCUGGCAAUUACUCCCGAGCUGACGGCCCUCCUCUCGAAGCUCCGCACAAAGGUCGCCAUCGGCACUGUUGGCGGCUCUGACCUACGCAAGCAGCAGGAACAGCUCGGCGACCCCUCGCGCACCCCGGUCACCUCCAUGUUCGACUUCAACUUUGCCGAGAACGGCCUCGUCGCCUACAAGCUCGGCGCCGCCCUGCCCGCCAACAGCUUCCUGCAGUGGAUCGGCAACGACCAGUACAAGGAGCUCGUCAACUUCAUCCUGCACUACGUCGCCGACCUCGACAUCCCCGUCAAGCGCGGCACCUUUGUCGAGUUCCGCAACGGCAUGGUCAACGUCUCGCCUGUCGGCCGUAACGCCUCGGCCCAGGAGCGCGCCGACUUUGAGGCGUACGACAAGAUCCACGGCAUUCGCGCCGCCUUCAUCGACAAGCUGCGCGAGCGCUUCGCCCAUCUCGGCCUCACCUACUCCAUCGGCGGCCAGCUGUCGUUCGAUGUCUUCCCCCAGGGCUGGGACAAGACGUACUGCCUCAAGCACCUCGACGACGAGGCGCGGAAGCCCGGCGGCGUUGAGUAUACGACCAUUCACUUCUUUGGCGACAAGACGGCCAAGGGUGGCAACGACUAUGAGAUUUUCGAGUCGGAGCGCACCGUUGGCCACACGGUCGUCAGUCCCGACGACACGGCGCGCCAGCUGAAGGAGCUCUUUGAUCUGUAG